AUGCCGUCGCGCACAAGCUCGCGAUCGUCGGUAGACUCAUCGAGUCCCCCAUUGUCGCGAAGGGACACUCAGGCAACUACCAAAGAGAAACAGACCCUGGGUGGCUGGCUCAAGAAAAUAUGGCAGAAAUCCGGCCUCGACAAGCCGACCAUCUUGUUGAUGCUGAAAGGUGGAGUAGCACCGACAAUCGCAGUCUCUAUUUAUCAGUCUAGCGAUGUCGCGACCGAGUAUACCACGCUCGGCUACCUCGUCGCAAUCGUCUCCAUUCUGGGCGUCAAGGCCCGCCAACACACGGCCACCGCGUCUAAUGACUCUUAUAACUCUUCCGCAUCUGCUGUCAGUGGCGUCUGGCUGUUUUUCCAGAUUUGGCUGGUACACACCUUUCGUGCCAAGUACCCCCAGUUUCAAUUCCCUGUUAUCAUAUACGCCAUCUUCGCCAAUAUUACUUCGGUCUACGCGCCUGAGAUGGCUUCAAUGACUGCCGCCAUCGCCUUGAUCGAACGGCUUUUGCGAACAUUCCUCACGGGCCUCGCCAUCUCCAUGGGUGUUUCAUUGCUGAUUCUGCCCAUGACCUCUCGCCAGGCUGUCUUCAAGCAGAUGGGUGGCUAUAUCGGGACACUUCGCUCUGCAUUGGGAGCACAUGCCGCCUAUUUUGAGACUUUAGAAAAAGACGAUAUGUUUGGCCGAGCGGACACUUAUGACGACACGCAAGAGAAGACCGACGACAAGGGAAAGGUGUAUAGUCCAGAGGCCGAGGCCAUCCGCGGUGCCAUCCGACAAAUCACCGACGUUCAUGCCAAACUUCACGGAGAUCUGUCUUUUGCGAAGCGUGAAAUUGCCCUGGGGAAAUUAGGCCCUGAUGAUAUCCAGCUGAUAUUUCGCCACCUGCGCCAGAUUAUGAUUCCUGUUGUCGGCCUUAGCUUUGUUGUGGACAUCUUCCAAAGAUUAUCGGAUUAUAACCGGUGGAAUAUACCCAUCGAUCCGAAUGCCGAGCCAAUCCCCGACGAUGUUCGCCAGCGUGUGGUUCACGAUUGGAACGAUAUUAUGAGGGCGGUCCAUGACCCCUUCAAGACUAUGAUCCAGACGAUUGAUGAGGGGCUCCUACACACUGCUUAUGUGUUUCGACUAUCAAAGCCGCCCAAGCGAACGGCAGUGGUGAAUCUUAAUCCACCUGCCACUGAGUCAAACACAGAAGCGAAGGACGUGGAGGCGGAUGCAGAAAAUACAGCCCCUGGUGAACCAGGUUUCGCUCAACAUUUUCAAACGAAGCUCAACGAAUUUAGAAGUGCUAAGCGAAUUGCCUUGGAGACCUGGGCUGAAGAUAAAGGCAUCAAUCUACCUCCUGACUUUUUUGACCACCCAUCAUCAGUCAACAGUUUGAAGGGAGACUUUUUUGACGCAUCAGCAUCGCAUCAAGAUCGAAGUCGACGACAGCUUUAUCUAUUUUUAUACAUGGAGCAAUUGCUUUACUCAACUGGUAAAACAGUCUUCGAAUUUGUCGAGUAUGCCGACGAAGUUGCUGCUAAAGGAAAGCUAUCACGGACUCGCCUCAUUAUACCGGGAGCCAAGCGCUCAUUGAAAUGGGCAAAGAGCUUUCUGAAAGCUGAAGAUAACCACGAAGAUGACAACAUGGGCGAUGUUCAUACCCACAACAGUAUGCUGGAGCUCGGCGAAGCGUAUAGACAUCGCAAAGAUCCUGAGCAUUUGCCAGCCGAUACCUGGUUCGAGAGAUUCGGAGACAAGAUUCGAGUUUUCCCCUGGUUUUUACGUUCUUUUGAAUCAAAGUAUGGGUUCAGGGUUGCCUGUGCCACUAUGACCAUCGCAAUUGUCGCCUUUUUACACGACACGCAGUCAUUUUUCACAAAGCAAAGACUGGUCUGGGCCAUGAUUAUGGUGAACUUGAGUAUGUCUCCCACAUCAGGCCAGAGUAUCUUCAGCUUUAUUCUCCGAAUCGCGGGAACCACUAUCGCAAUGGUGGCUAGUCUGCUGAUUUGGUACAUUCCGGACCAAAAGACACCAGGCGUGAUUGUGCUGCUUUUCUUUUUCAUCUCGUGUGCCUUCUACGUUCCGAUCAAAAUGUUCCGAUUCCGAGUCAUUGGCAUCAUCAGCAUCGUUACCACUACUAUGAUCAUUGGAUACGAGCUUCAGGUUCGUAAGGUCGGCGAGAAAGUCGCGACAUCCAAUGGUCAGCCAUUCUAUCCUAUAUACUUGCUUGCCCCAUACCGACUCGCUACCGUCAGUGGAGGUAUUGCGGUUGCGUUCUUGUGGACUUUCUUCCCUUACCCUAUCUCGGAGCAUUCUGUUUUGAGGCAGAGCCUGGGGGCUUCACUUUAUCUCCUUGCGAACUAUUACUCCAUCAUUCACGAGACAUUGUCUGCUCGGAUGCGCGGAGAUGAGGGGGACCUCAAUUUGAAAACCUCCGCGGGGCGCAAAUUGGAAAAGGCGCGCCACAAGGUGUUCUCUAAACAGAUGCUCAUGCUGAACGGACUCCGAACUUACUCCGAGUUCCUCCGGUGGGAAGUGCCCAUUGGCGGCAGGUUUCCCAAGAAGCAAUAUGACUCCAUCAUUGUUUGCGUUGAAAAUAUUGUAAGCUAUCUCAGCUUACUCGGGUACGCCUCAGACACUCUGAUGCGUCUCAAUGAAGAUGACGACGCAUCAAAUUCUAUCUGGAUGCAUGAUUUCCGCCGCGUGGUUGGCCACGCCAAGAUUACAACUCACGAGGUCACAUCGCUACUUUGCCUCCUUUCGGCUAGUAUAACCAAUCGCCAACCCCUUCCUCCAUACCUGAAAACACCCAGGCCAUACAGCUUCUCGAAGCGGUUGGAAGCACUGGAUAAAGAUAUUCUCAGCAUCAAGCAUAUCGCCGAGCCGGGCUUCGCUGCAUUUGCAGUUCUGCAGAUUUCCACAAGAUGUAUCGUUGGAGAUGUGGAACGUCUCAUGAAACAUGUCAAAGGCUUGGUGGGUGAGUUGGAUUUCUCAUUCCACGCUGUGAGCACGAUGGACUCGAGGAUUGCCGAGUCGAGAAUGACAUCGCGGGCUCCAUCCAGAGCUACGUCGCCAGCGAGAAAUGCCUCAAGGUUGAGUUUGCAUGAGACCCAGGCGGCAGAUCGUCGGAAAAUGGACUGA